AUGCUCGCCGCGCGCCCACCACCCGUCGCUCGUCUGCGCAUCUCCUGCCCUUUCUCGCAUGCCCGUGCUGCGCACCCGAUCCCAUCCUCGAUAUCCGCCACCGUCGGUCAGUCAGGUCUUCGGAAUGUAACCACUGCGCUGACAUCGCGGGCAUCAUUGCGGUCCUUCUCUGGGAAGGCACCUUAUGGUCGAGAGAGCGAUGGGCAUCGAUAUGGUGAUGAGGGUCAUGGAUGCCGUGAUGGCAGCGGCAGUCUGUUGGGUGUUGUCGGGAGUGGUGCUCAUGACAUCGUCGGCGCCUACCCCGCGUCGAGCUGUUGUCGAUGCUACUACUCCACGGCGGGUCGUCAUGCAUUGUCGUCUUUUAAUCUUGCUCGCCUGAGACGGAAGGUGCCGAUGCUGGCCGCUGCGGCCACUAUUUCCGACUCCCCAAGUCCACGUCACCAGGUCAUCCAGGUCAAUCAGACUCAAGUCCGCGGCAAGAAGACGCGCACGACUGUUAAGCUGGAGGACCUGCCCCAAGGCAUGGUCGAACCGCCGUCAGCGGCAUCAGAGACCUCUUCUUCAUCAGCCCAGAAGCAGCCUCAGUCGCAGUCGCAAAAGCAAAAACCACAGCCUCUGCCGCCCCUGGAGUUGGAGGAAGAGCCCUCAUAUCCGGUAGUGGUGCUGCAGGCGCGCCGAAACAUGCAAAAAUUUGACAACUGCGUCCUGCUGACCCGCGUCGGCGGCUUUUACGAGCUGUACUUUGAGCAGGCUGAGGAGUAUGGACCGCUGCUCAACAUCAAGGUAGCCCAGAAGAAGACCAAUGCCGGGCCUGUGUCCAUGGCAGGCUUCCCCUUUUACCAGCUGGAUCGCUUCCUCAAGAUCCUCGUCCAAGACCUGAAUCGCCAUGUAGCCAUCGCCGAGGAGUUUCCCAACGACGUCUCGGGCAAGGUCAAGUCGGGUGGGUUGAUGCACACUCGCCGGGUGACCCGUAUCGUCACCCCCGGCACGCUGAUCGAUGAGAACUUCAUGGAUCCGUAUGCCAACAAUUAUGUCAUGGCCAUCCAUCUCUAUCAUGAUUCGCCCGUCUCGGCCCUGUCGGAUGAUACUGAGAGCCGCCAAGCCGGGCAACACACCACCUCCAGGCCCCCCUUUGAUGAGACUGGAACCGUGACACCUGCUGUUGGUGCCGCAGCUACCGCAGCUACCACUGCUGCCCCGACCCGUGUUGGCCUGGCCUGGCUGGAUCUGUCGACGGGCCACUUCUUCACACAGACGACCACGCUAGCGUCCCUCUCCUCGGUCCUUUCGCGCGUCUCCCCCCGUGAGAUCGUCCUCGACAAGGCGCUGGAGCCUGCUUAUCGAGAUCGGGACCAGCAGGAUGCCCACCCCCUCUUUACUAUCCUGCAAGAGGCCUCUUGUCUCCUGACCUAUACCCCGGCCCCACCCCGGGAAGAGGCAGAGACUGAGGGGGAGGGGAAAUCCGGCACCGGUCUUCGGGAGCAGCUCGCCGAGUGGGAACCGUACCUGGAGUCCGAGAUCCCGGAGGCGACGGCGGACCAGUUUACGGAUGUCGAGGUUCAGGCGGGUAGUUUGUUGCUGCAUUAUGUUCGGGACCGUCUCCAGGGGCUCAGCAUGAAGCUGCAGCCGCCUGUGCGAUAUGAGACAUCGAGCGUGAUGAUGAUUGACAAGAAUAGCAUGCGGUCGCUGGAGAUCAAGCAGACGCUUCGUGAUGGAGUGUUCAAGGGGAGCUUGCUGCAUGCUAUUCGGCGGACUGUGACGCAGAGCGGUGCGAGGUUGUUGACUCAGUGGCUUAUAGGCGCUCCUUCGACCUCCCUUGAGGUCAUCAACUUCCGCCAGGAGCUCGUAGCACGCUUCAUCAAUGAUGAAGAUCUACGCGAUGCCAUCAUCACGCUGCUCCGACGCAGCCACGACUCUCAACGUCUGGUCCAGAAGUUUGCCCUUAACCGUGGCGACGCCGACGACCUGCUUCGUCUAGCCAACACGAUCAGGGCAACAGAGGACAUUGUCAACCUGCUCUCCUCGGCCGUCAAGAAGUCUUCCUCAGACUCUGGCGAAGGUGAAAGCCAAACCGACUGCCUUGCCCAACUAAUCUCCCGCAUCAGCCUCGACCAGCCCCUCAAGCUCGCCAAAAAGAUCCGCGACGCUAUCGACGAAGAGGGUCUCAACGCGCAGCACGAGAUUGAGGACAACGAAGCCGGCGAGAUGAUAGCUCUCGCCCAAGAGAUCGUCAAGACCGAAGGCACCCCGGAAGACAGCAACCUCCUCCCCAAAGCCGCCUCCUCCGUAACCCCCCCUAAAACAGCCAAAUCCAAAAGCUCAACCAAACCACAAUCCCUCCGCGACCACUAUGACCCCGAAAAGGAAUUCUUCAUCAUGAAACCCGGUGCCAGCACCGCCCUUACCCGCUUACACGCCGAGCUCGCCCAGCUCAAGCGCGACAAGGAAACCCUCACCGAGUCCCUCCGCACGCGCUUCAAUGCCCCCUCGCUCACCCUCCGCUGGUCCCCAGGACUAGGACACAUCUGCCACGUCAAGGGCAAAGACGCACGGUUACCCCCCAAAUCCGUAGACGACCCCUCCCUUGAGGGCAGUGGUACUCCAGCAGGAGAACAACCCCGCACCCUCACGACCUCUCGCACCACCCGCUCCUUCCACCACCCCCAAUGGACCUCACUCGGUGAAGCGCUGGACGCCGUCCGCACGCAAAUCCGCACCGAAGAGUCGCGGGUGUUUGCCCUGCUCCGGGGGAGGGUGGUCAAGAAUCUGGUGAAACUGCGGCGCAACGCGCUGGUGCUGGACGAGCUUGACAUCACGACGUCUUUCGCCAAGCUGGCGACCGAACAAGGAUGGGUCAGACCGACCUUGGAUAAUGGGACCAGGACGGUGAUUAUUGGGGGAAGACACCCUACUGUUGAGGGGGGGUUGGCUGAGCAGGGACGGACGUUCCAAAAGAAUGACUGUUUGAUUGGGGGCGGUACCGCAGUGACGCAUCUUGUCCCCCCCCCGUCAGGUCUGGAAGACGACGUCGACACUGCAAAACUUACCUCCCCUCCCAACGCGCGCAACCCGCAACCCUCCCGCGUCUGGCUCAUAACCGGCCCCAACAUGGCCGGCAAAUCGACCUUCCUGCGCCAAAACGCCCUCAUCACAAUUCUAGCCCAAGUAGGCUGCUACGUACCUGCCGACUACGCACACCUAGGCAUCGUCGAUGCGAUCUACAGCCGGGUCGGCUCCGCUGACAACCUGUACCAGGAUCAGAGCACAUUCAUGGUGGAGAUGCUGGAGACGGCAGCAAUCCUUCGACAAGCAACACCAAGGUCUUUCGUGAUCAUGGACGAGGUGGGCAGGGGCACGACGCCCGAAGACGGGACGGCUGUGGCGUUUGCCGCGUUACACCACUUGGUGACGGUGAACCGGUGCCGGGCGCUGUUUGCGACGCAUUUUCAUGAUAUUGUGGAGCUGGUUGCGAGGCACGGGCUGAGGGUUGAGGAUGGUGGGCCGGAUGGUGCGGUAGAUAUGUACUGCACCGACGUGGAGGAGGAUGGACGCGGCGGGUUUGUCUACGUGCACAAGCUGCGUAAGGGAGUCAACCGACAGAGCCAUGCGCUCAAGGUGGCGCGCCUGGCUGGGCUGCCUGAGCAGGCCAUACGGGUGGCCCAGCAAAUACUACAGGAGUCACCGAAACAGGAACAACACAUGACACAGGACCAGGAGGAUACUACGAAGUCGGAAACGACAGCAGUUGUGGGAUAG